CGGGCUUCCAAGUGACAUUGAUCAUUGAGGAGCAGCUGCACACAGCCGUUUUUCUGAUAGGCACCAGUCUCAGCUUCCGACGGGCAUGGUACGGCAAGCAGAGAACAUGCAGGGCCGCGAUCACAGCGAUCGGCUGGUGCCAGCAGCUGCCAGUAGCUCACGUGUGUCUGGUAAUGACAAUCAUGAGUCGUCUGGGAGAUCAGGAACCGUGUCGAGAUUGUCUGGUAUGCUAUCCUCGGUGCGGCGUUCAUCAAAAAGCUCUGAGAGUAAGAAGAAGCGUAUGCCUUGGGGCUACAAGUGGAGAUCAUCGGCCUGGUACAUAACAGCGGUUGUUGGUGUGGGAGUGUGCAGUGAUGCCUUGACAUAUCAAAUUAUUGUUCCCGUUCUGCCAUACCGACUACAGUCAUUGGGCUACACAAACGUAUCAGAGAAGGUCUCAUGGUUAGCAUUCGCAUACUCCAUUGGCAUCUUCGUCAGUACAUUCCCCGUGGCAUACUAUUUUGGUCGAUAUCCCUAUCGUAGGCUGCCCCUGGUAGCUGCCGUGAUCAUACUCGAAGCUGCUCAAAUACUGUUCAUGCUUGCUAAGCCUUAUGCGGCCUUGGUGAUCGCUAGAUUCCUGAUGGGCGCGGCGAGUACUGUCGUCUGGGUCGUGGGGUUUGCCUUGAUAUGUGAGAACGUGGAUGAGGCUCGCAUAGGUCGACAGAUUGGUUUCGCAGUCUCUGGCGUGUCCAUAGGAACGACCAUUGCUCCACCGAUUGGCGGCGCGUUAUACUGGAAUUUAGGAUGGUACAGCCCAUUUAUCUUCACCAUCGCCUUUCUCGCAGUCGAUACAGCUGCCCGGAUGCUCGUGAUUGAACGCAAGCAAAUGAUGAAGUACGAGUCUGCCAAGACGACGGAUAUGCCUCUCACUGCCACUCCUGAAUCCACUACACACAUGGAUGGGGAUGAAAAAGCCAGACCCGAUCUCUCGACCGAUCCUGAAGCUGCCAUCGCAUCUCGAGAUCGAUCACCUGCAUCAACUCGCGUUCCAAAGAUACCGGACAAGGUCAAAUCGGAUCUUACACCUUGGCAAGUCGUUGCCAAGCUAGGAAGAUCGUCAAGAGGGAUGAACGGAGUCACCAUCACUUUCAUCUUUGGCUUUGUCCUAGGUGCAUUGGAUCCAACACUCACACUUCGAGUCCAAUCUGUCUGGCAUAAGAAUUCAGCAUUCGUCGGACUGGUCUACUUGGCUGCAUCGGCUCCUACGUUCAUCACUGGACCUAUCAUCGGUGCCCUGGCAGACAAGUACGGCGCGGAAUGGAUCAUGGCUCCAUCUCUGUUGUUGUCCGCCCCGUGGCUGCCGUUGCUCAUCCUCAAGAACAGUCUGCCCGGAUUUAUCGUUUACUUUGCUCUCAGCCAGACUUUCUUCAGUUGUGCUCUUGGGCCGGUCGGGCUGGAAUUGGCCAUGGCAGCGCGGGAAGUAGAGGGCAUGAGCGAGAUCCACCAAUUUUCAGCGAUGAAUCUCGCAUUCUCCAUAUCAAGUGCGAUAGGAUCCGUCGUUGGAGGACAGAUGUAUGAUCGGCUCAACCACGGCUGGGAGGCAGUCUGCUGGUUCAUGUUCGCCGUUACCAUUGUCUUCAUACCUCUUCCGUUCUUGACGGCUGGUAAGAGAACGUUAUGGGACAGGUGUCGAGGUCGACCGGGCAAGUCAGAGACAGACGACGAUGGCGCGGAAAUCGAGGCCUCGGAGGACCUCCCACAUCGUACCACAGAGUCACGCGAUUCUGGUGAAACACCAACCUAGGGAUAGGCCUGGAUCUCGCCCUCAUAAUCGUUGCUCGCCGCUGUACCACCUCGUCUCGCUUAGCCCGUCUCGCCUCAAUCCGCCAAGACGAAUUGCGGAUCAGAUAGGUGUCAAGCGGCUGGAAAUGCGCCUCCAAGCUUGAGGUUGUAAUGCCUCUUUGCGGAUCAGCUUCUGCGCCACACGUGUGCAAGCAAUAUCAAGAUCCAUGCUUCCGUGAAGGCCAAUUCUCCAGUUAUGCAAGCUGUCUGGUCGAUGCAUGAGUCAUGAAAAUCUUGCUCCAUACGAUUUAGCGCUCUUCCCUCAUUCCUCGUCCGCUUGACGCUUGUCUGCUUGGCCAACUCUUGUAAAUGUCAGUGUAUCAUGUCAAGCUCUGA